AUGGCCGCGAAGAAGUCCGAUGUGAUGCGUAAGAUUCAGAUUGAGAAGCUCGUCCUGAACAUUUCCGUAGGAGAGUCGGGCGAUAGACUUACUAGAGCCGCGAAAGUGCUUGAGACGUUGACCGGACAGACCCCAGUCCUCUCAGAAGCUAGAUACACAGUCAGAGCGUUUUCGAUUAGAAGAAACGACCAAAUUGCGUGCCACGUUACCGUCAGAGGGUCGAAGGCCGUUGAAAUUCUUGAGAAAGGCCUCAAGGUCAAGGAGUUUGAGUUGAAGAACUGCAACUUCUCAGACACCGGGAACUUUGGAUUUGGUAUUGAAGAACACAUCGAUUUGGGAUUGAAGUAUGACCCACAAGUUGGUAUUUAUGGUAUGGACUUCUACGUUGUCCUUGCUAGACCCGGGUUCAGAGUUGCGAGAAGAAAGAGAGGCCAAAACAGAAUUGGAAAGGAUCACCUCCUUAGAAAGGAUGACGCUAUUAACUGGUUCAAGGAAACUUAUGAAGGUAUCGUGCUUAACAAGUGA